AUGUCCGGACGUGAAGGUGGCAAGAAGAAACCAUUGAAGCAACCGAAAAAAGACAAGCAAGAGUUAGAUGAUGAUGAUAAAGAGUUCAAAGAAAAACAAAAAUUAGAGAAACAAAAAUUAGCAGAUGCAGCAAAAAAAGCAUCCGGAAAAGGCCCAUUGAAAUUGAAUAUCUAUAAAAUUCUGUAUAUUCUUUUAAUGAUAAGUCGUUAUCGUAUAAGUUGGAUUCGUGAACGGCUUGGACCAAUAUUUGUUGGAGUUGGAUUAAUAGGUGGAAUUCAUCUUGCCUGGUGGAGUAUUCAACAGAAUCCAAGUCUCGUACCUCUAGAUCAACGUCGAGAAAAGGUCUUAGUUGUUAGUGUGAUGUCAUUAUCCUCGUCGUCUCCUAUUACCCAGUUUUGGACAAAUACACAAUAUGAACUUGUGUCUAAAUUAUUGACAUUUUUUUCGUCUUCCUAUGGUGCUAUGGGUCAUUUAAAAAUGAUUCAAACACAUGAUUCCUCCACCAGUAUCCUAACUUCUCUAAGCUCACGUUUUCAACAUACAAUGGCGUAUAAAAAAUUGUUUUCUAAUAUACUAUUUGCUGCUGUACGUAAACAAUCGCAAACAUAUUUUGAUUCGGGUUUGUAUUUUGCAAUGAUUUUUUGUAAUUUUUUAUUACAAGUAAACGAACACGUUUGCCUCCAUUUAAAAAAUAAAGUUUUAGAACAGUGUAUAGAGUGUAUUGAUCAAAUUGAUGAGCUUGACUGGUUAGAAAUUGAAUUUGAUUCUGUUCAUACCAUGUUGGCUAUUGUACGAAGUGUACUAUGUAAACCAUUAGCAUAUGAUUGUUCGCAAACAUUACGAGAACAAUUAUGUUUACUUUGUGUUAAAACAUAUCUUGAACAUAUUAAUAUUGAUAACGAGAAAAAUAAUCAACAACAACUUAUACUAACAAUUGAAGGACUCAAUACAGACGAAUCAAAUUUGUAUGAAGGUCUACUUUAUCAAAUACCCGAAAAUUCAUAUAAACAAUGUUUUACAAUAACAACAUCAAAACCAUGUCUAUUUUUCACUAUAUCAUUAGCCGGUGAUUAUAUAAUAGAGAAUGCCAGUUUAAUUGAAACAAACUGUACCCCUAGUGAGUGGAUUAAGAAAACAGCUGAUACAAUUAUUAAUAAUAUUAUUAAAUUCAAAAAUCUACACAAUGGUGGUAUUAUCCUUUGCCAAAAAGUCAUUCAUCCAUCUGUUCGUGUCCAGUUGAAGCGAUAUGGUAUAUAUACGUUCGAUCGUCUUUCCCGAUCCUAUACGCCUUAUUUUUGUUAUUUAACAGGUUGUCAACCAAUUAGCACACUGAAUUUUGAUACGAAUGAUAACCGUUAUUUUGGCUCUUUAUCAAAUAUUUCAAUAAUAAAUAUACAAAAUAAAACAUUCCUUCAAUUUUCCAAUAUUAAGCGUCUUUUUCACACGUUAUUAUUGUGCUCUAACAAUGAACAGUCACUUUUAGAAUUGAAAGAAUGUGUAAAAGCUAGUCAUCAUUUACUCAAUAGUACAUUGAUAACAAAGAAAGCUUUAUUUGGAGGUGGUUGUAGUGAAACUGUCCGUUGUAUAGCAAAUUGUUUAAUUCGAGUUAUUCGUUCACAAUAUCGAUCGGAAUGUGUUGUUAUCGAUUGUAUUCAUGGUCAUUUAUGGCAUUCAACAGAUACAGGGAUUAGUUCGACAUGUAAAUGUGGAUUAUAUUCAUCAACAAUUGACUUCGAGAAUAACUGGAAUUUAAUAGCGUUUUCUCUUGAUGAUUUUGAAAUUGAUAUAUUUCCAAAAACAGACCUUGAUCAAAAGACUUAUGUUAAACGAGAGAAAUGCCCAAAACUUUUAGAUGGUUAUAAUGCGCGUAAAAAUGCUUUUCGAAACGCAAUAGAGUCAGCUGUUAACUUAUAUUUGACAAAUAUUUGUAUUGGGAAUAUUUAA